UCCUCUUCCUAUCCUCUCUCUCUGUCUCUCUCUGCUCCUCGAUCUCUCUCAUCUGUCUCUGCGUCGCACGCAAGACGCCAACAUUUUGCUGGGAUGCCCUAGCCAAUUACCCAACCUAGCAACCUUAGCUCCACACAACGGCUAAAGGCGAACCCAUCCUUCCCAUCACCCUCGAGCUCCUCCUUCCUCUCUCCGUCAUCGAUCUCACUCCUUCACCUCCGUCCAUCUCCCGCCGCCGUCGCCGAAACGAGCUUCGAAGCCACCGUCGUUAUCGUGCAGCUCUGUUCCACCAUCGUGCAGCUACUGUUUCAGUUUUGAAAGCACCACGCAGCUCGGUUCCAUCGUCGCCGGGCUCGCCUCCUUUUUCCGUCGAGCAGCUCUAUUCCAUCGUCGCCGGCGCUAUCUCUGUUCCACCUGUUAUCCCUUCGGUCGUGCCCUUGUCCCCCUCUUGCUCAGGAUCUGCCCUGCUCUGUUAUAGGGCUUCUAGAUUCUAGACGAAAAUGGAAGCUAUGUGCCCUUCAAGCAAUGGAGGGAAAGGUCUAUCCGGUGGCGUUAUUGGUGGAAUAUCUGUUGGAAUAGUAGCAGCACUUCUGUUAUUGGUAUUUUGUGUUUAUGUUAAAUGUUAUAGAAGAAGGAAGAUGUGGAACAAAAAAUUGGUAGCUAAAGAUUCCAGCGAGAACUUUGUUCUCCAAGGCGAAACCUCUCAUAAUGCCAAAAACAGAACUUCAGCUUCUGAUGAUACUAGUAUUAUAGGUGUUAAGGUAGAAAAAUCAGCAGAGUUUUCGUAUGAGGAACUAGCCAAUGCCACAAAUAACUUCAGUUUGGCUAAAAAGAUUGGUCAAGGUGGUUUUGGUGAAGUCUAUUAUGGAGAAAAUGGCGAGAGAGCUGCAAUUAAGAAGAUGGACAUGAAAGCAUCAAAAGAAUUUUUGGCAGAACUGAAAGUGUUGACGCGUGUUCAUCACUUAAACUUGGUAAUCUUUCUCACAUAUUCCAUAGAUUGUACGCUGAUUGGAUAUUGUGUCGAGGGCUCUCUUUUCCUUGUGUAUGAAUAUAUCGAAAAUGGAAACUUAAGCCAACAUCUGCGAAAUUCAGAUAGUGAGCCUUUACCAUGGUCUACCCGGGUUCAAAUUGCUCUGGACUCGGCUAGAGGACUUGAAUACAUUCAUGAGCAUACAAUGCCUGUAUAUAUCCAUCGCGAUGUAAAGUCGGAAAAUAUUUUAUUAGACAGAAACUUCCGUGGAGAGGUUGCGGAUUUUGGACUGACCAAGCUGAUUGAUGUUGGAAGCUCAUCAGCUCCAACUGCUAAUAUGGCUGGCACAUUCGGCUACAUGCCACCAGAAUAUGUAUAUCGAAGUGUUUCUCCCAAAAUAGAUGUAUAUGCUUUCGGAGUUGUUCUAUAUGAGCUUAUUUCUGCAAAAGAAGCUUUGAUGAGGAGUGGUGGUGCAUCUGGUGCUGAAUUGAAGGGCCUUGUGGCUUUGGUGAUUAUUAAUGACUUUGCUAUGGAGUUGCUUCAGAUCGAGAAGCAGCGCAAGGACGAAGCUCACAGAGAAGCCCUUAGAGUUCCCAAUGAGGAGCGCAAGAAGCUCAAGGCCGUAGCUGCGCAAAUCAGGGCUCAGGAGCACAAGAUCGCACAACAAGAAGUCAGAGAAACACUCUUAAAAGAAAGAGCUGAGAAACUUGAAAAUUGGAGGAUGAAGGUCAAAAAGCAUGGUGAGAAGAUGGCAGAAAAGAAAGAGUUAUUGCGUCGACAAAGCUCAAUGUGGAUCGAUGAAGCUAAUCUUGAGGCACAAAUGAUGAAGCUAAUCUUGAGGCACAAAUAUUGGAAUCCAUCGUUUCCUUUUGCUGAGUCCCUUAUAUUUCCACAUUUGUUAUGGUUGGGAUCAGUGUUGUGUUAUCUGUUACAUAGAAGUUAUAUUUUUGUCCUAUGUUCAAUCAAGGUUGCAUCAUCAUGCAAAUAACUUAUGCAUUUGGAGUAUGGUUAACCACUGCCACAUUCAAGAUGCAUAAUACACAUGGAAAUAAGUCUGGAUAUUUUGGGUUAGUCUGGGAUUAUAGAGCAAGUACUAACGUACCAAGUUUGCAUGCUUGAGUGUACAAUGAUUUUUCUUUUUUUCCCAAUAGACGUGACUUGCUAGUGAUUGCACUUGAUGCAUAUAUGGUAUACCCUAAUUUAGAACCA